AUGGACUGGGUGCCGUUAACUUUUCUUACGGAACUGCUUGCACAAUUCAAAGUGGAUCAUGCAAGGUUUGCAUAUUUGCUAUUGAAGCCUUCUUGGGGUGAUGGGGAUUACACAAGCAAAGGGACUCUAAUUUUAGAAGUAAUAGAUGAUGAAAUUGAAGAAGGUGAUAAAGAAAAGUUUGAGAGCAACAACGGGGAAGAUCAUGAACAUGAUGACGAAGGGAUAGAAGAUAAGCAUCAUAUAGUUUGUGCUGUUGAAAGCUUUUAUCCUCAGAGAGGUGGCAAAGUUCUUUCUCAAACUUCAUAUCUACCUCAAUCUCAAGAUCCAGCCUGCUCAUAUGAAUGCACACAAGAAGAUGAAUAUUCAACAAGUGAUGAUAAUGCUGAAGUUCAAAAUGCUUUUGAUGAAUUCAUUGCUCAGAAUAAUCUUUGUGAGUCUCAAGCUUUAUCCAAUGGAGGUAGCAAUGCAGUAGCAGCUAUAGAAGAAGCAGAUAAUAGACAAGCCAAUAAGCCUCCAUUUCAUGAACCAGACUGCUCUUGUCAAUGCAUACAAGAAGAUCAAUCUUCAACCAAUGAUGAUGAUACUGAAGUUCCCAAUGCCUUUUGUGUUCAUUGCUCAGGACAACAUAUGAAGGAACUAGAAGAAGAGAGAAGUGCCUCUGCAAUAGCUGCUAACCAGACAAUGACAAUGAUUACCAGGCGGCAGGAAGAAAAAGCAGCAAUGCAAAUGGAAGCAUUGCAGUGCCAAAGAAUGAUGGAAGAGCAAUCAGAGUAUGAUCCGGAAGCUUUGCAGAUUUUGAAUGAUUUAAUGAUGAAAAGAGAGAAAGAGAAGCAAGAACUUGAAAUGGAAUUGGAAGAGCACAGGAAAAAGAUACUGGACUAUGAAGGAAAAGAGAAAUUGAGGGUGUUGAGAAGAAAAGAUGGAAUUGAUGAAGACAAUGGCAUCUUCAACCAUGAGGAAAGCAGCCACAACAAUUUAAGUGCUGAUACAGUUUCAAAUUUGGAGGAGAUGGCAAUAGACUGUGCAAAGUAUAUAAGUGUUGUUGAUAAUUCAUUGGCAGAAUUUGAGGAAGAUAAGGUGUCCAUUCUAGAUGAGUUCAAAGCAUUGAGGGAAAAACUUAUCGCAGUGGUGAUAUAA